AUGCAUAAUAAAGAGAAUGAAUAUUUCAAGAAUAUAUCUGAAUGUAAAUCGAAUAAAAAUAUCUAUAAUUAUGAUAAAAAGACAAAUAUAUUAAAUAAUAUUAAUUCAGAUAUAAAUAGUUUGUAUCAUUUAAAUAAUAAAUUAAUUUUGAAACCAUAUAGUGUUAAUAAUACCUAUAAUAAUAAGAAUAAUAUUUGUAAUGUAAAAAUUUCAGAUAAAGCAGAAUAUGAUAUUUUAGGAGAUAAAGUUAUUGAAAAUAAUUAUAAUACUAAUUUAGAAUGUAAAAAGAAAAACAAUAUUUAUAAUUAUAAAAUAAUAAAUAGUGUAGGAUUUAAAACUAAGGAAAAAGGAACAAUAAAAAUAAAAGAAAAUUACAACUAUACAAAUAAGUUUAAUAGUAACAGUAAGUCUAAAGAUUAUUUAUUUUAUUGUAGUCAACUUGAAAGAGAAACAAAUAAUUUUGCUUUAAAAAAUAAUCUUUAUAAUAAUAAAAAUGUACCAACAAAAGAAGUUAACAAAGAUUUCUUAAAAAUAAAUAAUAAAAAUCAUGUAGAAAAAGAUAAAAAAGCUAAUAUAAUUUAUUUAAAUAGUUCCUUGCUAAACGAUCAUGCGUAUCCCUAUAUAAAUUCCAAAAUUUCAAAAAACAGUAAUGAUAAUAACAAUGAGCUAAAUGAAAAACCUUAUACAAAUUGUGUAAAAUUUUUUGAAGAUCUUGAAUUUAUAAAUUCUCAAAAGAAAAAUAUAUUUUCAAAAAAAGAAAAGAAUAAUAAUUAUAAUAACAUUAGCAAUAACAAUUAUAAUAAUAGCUGUAACCUUAAUACGAAUAAUAAUAACAUAAAUAACAAUAAUGUUCAUAUUAACAAUGAAAAUAUUUUUUUAGGAAAAUCGUAUAAUAAAGAAAAUAAUAAAAUUGUGUGUAACGAUAAUAUUGCAUCUUUGAAUUUAAAUAGUAACAUAUUUAUUGACUCUUUGUUAGAAACUAAGGAAAAGUUAGAUAAUAUAAAAAAAGAAAAAAAAGAUUAUGAAAAGGAUGAAAAAUAUAUUUGUUAUCUAAAAAAUUUUGAUAAAAUUAAAAAUGUAUAUUCAGCAACCAGCAUAAGUAAAAUACAAGAUAAAAUCACCAAUAGUAUAGGUUUAGAUAAAGAAAAUAAAAAAUUUGAGGAAACUGAUAUUUGUAAAAAGGAAGAAAAAAAAACUCCUUUCACAAAUAUAUUUGAAGAAAGAAAUAAUAUAGAUAAAAUAGAAAAAAAAAAUGAACAAGAAGAAAAAAAUAUAAAUAAAAAAGAAAUAGAAAAUAAUAUAAUAAAUAAAAAAUAUUUUUUUGAAAAUGAAAAAAACAAUAUUAACAUUGAAAAAAGAUAUAGUAAUUUGGAUGAUGAAGAAAAUAAAUUAAUAAAAAAGUAUGAAAAAUAUGAAGAAAAAGUUUCAUAUAAAGAACAUGAUAAUUUAAAUAUAUUUAGGAAAUCUUUGAACUCUAAGUCAGAUUCUUCAAAAAAUUCUUAUAACAAAAAACAAAAAUGUGUCAAAUUAAAUUUUUUUUGUAAUUCAAUAGAAAAUGAGAAUAAAAAUGUUCCUAAAAGGUUAUACAUAGGAAAUAGCAUUUAUGAUGGUUUAUAUUAUAACUCGAAGAAGGAACAAAUAACGGAAGAAAAACUGCAAAAAAAUGUAACUUCAAAUUCAAAAAAAAUAAUAAAUUAUGAUGAAUAUAAAAUAUCUGAAUUGAAUGAUCCUUAUUUUAGUAAGAACAAAAUAUGUAUGGCUUGUAAUUGUAAGAUAAAUGAUAAUUUGAAUUGUUCUAAUAAUACAAAAGAUCAAAUUAUUCGUAUGAAUGAGAAAAGUAGAUUAAAUGAGAAAAUUAAAAAGGAAAUUAAUAGAGAUAUAGUAGAUAAUGAGAAAAACACACGCAAAAAUUUAUUUAUUGAUAAUUUCAAUUUAAAUAUUAUAUCUGAUAUUGAAUUAAAUAAUAAUAAAUUUGAAGUUGAAAAAAGAAAUUCUUCUGACAUUAAUAAUGUUGAUAAUACAACCACAAAUUAUAAAGAGAAUUGUAUUAGUAAUGAAAAUGUUGUUUAUGAUGAAGAAAAAAAAAUUUUUAAAACGAAAGAAAACUCAAAUAUAAAAAUAUACAAGAGAAGCUUAGAAAAAGAAAGAAUGUUGAAUUUUCCCUUAAUUCAUCUAGGAGAAAACGAUGUAAUAGUUAAAAGAAUAAAACUUUAUUAUCCUUUAAAAGAUAAAAAUAUUUUUACAAAUAUAUCAAAAAUUAUUUUUAUGACAAAUAUAAAUAUAUGCUCACUAUAUAUAAAUGAUUCCUUUUUAAUUAAUUAUGAUGAUAUAAAAAUUCACUCUUAUUUAUCUAAAGGAGGUUUCGGAGUAGUUUAUAAAGGUAUUUUAUUGAAAAAAGUUAAAAAGAGUGAAUUUCUUUUAAAUAAGGAGGAGAAUACAGAAUACAACGAACAUGAAAAAAAAAACGAGCAAGAUGAAAAAGAAAAAUUUAAAGGAGAAAAUGAUUCUGAGUCGGAAGAUGAAUAUGAAGAGUAUGAGGAUGAAGAUGAAGAGUAUGAAGAUGAAGAAGAGUAUGAAGAUGAAGAUGAGUAUGAUGAUGAAUAUGAAAAUGAAGAACAACGUGAGAAACAUAAACAAGGAAAGGUGAAGAAAGUUUGUAAUGCAAUAAAUGGAGAGAAACAAGACAUACAUGAAAAUGAAGAUAAAGAAAAUAAUAAAAAAAUAUCAGAUAUAUUUUACAAAGAAUGUAUAGAAGAAAAUGAAUUUUUUAGUGUUAUUAAUAAUGAAGAAAAUAUAAAUUUAGAAACAAAAACUAAUGAAAAAACCACGAGUAAUAACAAUUAUAGUAUUAAAAAAAAAAAAAAUAGUAUUAACAACGAAUUUCAUAAAGUAAAUAAAAGUAAUAAAAAAUUAUGUUAUUUACGUAAUAAAUUAAUAGAAAAAAUUUUUGAUGCAUUAAACAAUCAAACGAAUCAAAAUAGUUCAAAUAUAAGUAAUAAAAAUGGAAAAGAUAAAUGUGAUUAUAAGUUAGAAAAUGCAGAAAAUAAAGAAAAAUAUAUUAUUGAAAAUGUUAUAAAAAAUUUAAACGAUUACAACACAAAUAACAAGAAUAUGAAAAAAUAUGUAGAAAAUUUUAAUAAAGAAAUUGAAGAAGUCAUUUUAGAAAAUAAUAAUAAUGACAAUAUUUUUAAUAAAAAUAUAGAAAAAAAUGACAAAACUAAAUAUACUAAUGAUAAUGAUGAAACAGAUGUUAAUAGUAAAAAAGAAAACAAAAAAAAUAAUUCAACAAAAAAAACAACAAAAAAAGAUUGCAUUCAUGUUCAUGAAAUAAGAAAACUUAAAAAAAAAAUGUUAAAAUUCAUUCAUUCAAAUAAAAAAAGCGAUAAAAUUAAUAUUGAUAGAAACGACUUUUUUAAUGAGGCACAAAAAAUAAUAUGUAAACUUAAAAGCAUAAAUAAAGAUAUUGAUAAGAAAUAUUACGAAGAUCUUAUAGGAUAUUUAUUAUUAGAUGUAUAUCACAAUAAUAUUGUUUAUAAAAAUAAUUUUAGUUUUUUAUAUGUAAAUAGCAAAAAUAUAAUAACUUUCGGAUUACACAAAGAAGGUUUAUAUAUAUUUGAUAAAAAAAAUAUAUUUCAUUAUUAUAGUGAUAAAUGUAUAUUUAAAAUUAUCUUUAUGGAUGAUCAUAAAGAACUAAUAAAAUUUAAAAAUUUCACUGUUUAUAAUGUUUUAAAUAAUGAUAAAAUUAUUAAUAAUUCCUCCAUAUUGAAAUAUGAAAUAAAUAAACACAAAAAAGGUUUAAAUAAGUUAGCAAUUAUUCCAUUUAGUAAACUGAGCAUCAAUCAUUUGUUAAAUGCAUUAAUUUUUAGUUUUUUAAAAUUUCUUUUUAAUUUAAGGAGAAAAUAUUAUAAACAAUCAAAAAAUUGUCCCUGCUCCGUUGGUGGUAAUAAUAUUUUAAAUAAUAUUAUUAUAGAUAAUAAUAUUAUAUACAACAAAUAUAACAGUAAAAUUACAAAUAAGGAGAAAAAUAAUAAUUUGAAUAAAGAAAAUGAAUCUAUUUUAUUAUAUGAAAAUAUUGAUAAUUUAGAUAAAUUUUUAUAUUGUGAAUAUGAAAAUGCUGAAUUAAAUAAUAUAACUAAUGGAAAUGCAAAAAAAAAUUUUUUUAAAAAAAAUGAAAUAGAAAAUAUACAAGAAAAUCAUGUAGAUAAAUUUGAUAAUAAGAGUAAGAUUAACUCAAGUAAUUGCAUUAUUACGAGCACCUUAUUGAACACAAAUUACACAGAUGAGUCGAAAACAACUAUUUUAUUGAAUGUAUCAAAGAAUAAAAACAUAUCUAAAGAAUAUAUAAAUGAAAAAGAAUAUCAUUAUAUACCAAAGCUAAAUGAAAAUGAUGAUAUGAUUAAAGAAUCAAAUACAAAAAAAGAAUUAAAAAAGAAAAAAAAGAAAAAAGAAAAAGAAAAGAAAAAUGAAAAAGAAAUAGAAAAAGAGAAAGAAAAAGAAAAAGAAAAGAAAAAUGAAAAAAAAGAGAUUGAUAUUGACAAAGAGGAAUUAAUGUAUAUGAAAAUACCUGUAGCUAUUAAAAUACAUGACUUAAAAGAUAGUAAAAAUUUAAAAAAUUUUUUAAGAGAAAUAGAAAUAUAUAAGAAUAUUCAAUAUGAGAAUAUAUGUAAAUUUUAUGGGAUAUGUAUAAAAUCAAACAAAUUAAUGUUAUUAUUGGAAUAUUAUCCCAAAGGAAAUUUAUUUAAUUUUUUAAAAAAUAAAAAGAAAAUCCAUAAAAAACAAAGGUUAAAAUGGGCUACUGAAUUAUCUUAUAUAGUUCAUCAAUUACAUUCACAUAAUCCACCAAUAAUAAAUGGAGAUAUAAAAACAUCAAAUAUCUUAAUUGAUAAUAAUAUGAAUUUAAUUAUGUGUGAUUUCGGAAAAGCACGAUUUAAAAAUUCAAAACUAUACAGUAAUUUUGGUUCAUAUAGAUAUAUGGCUCCAGAGACUUUUAGCUGUACUACUGAAAUAUCUGAAAAAAUUGAUAUAUGGAGUUUAGCUUGUUGUAUUGUAGAAAUAUUUUCAAGUAAGUAUCCUUUUUAUAAUUUUUCGAAAAAUGUGAAAAUUCGUCAUGAAUUAUUAGUUAAUAAAAGAACUCCACAUAUACCUAAUUUUUUACCUAAUUCUAUAAAACAAAAUCUAGAAAGAUCUUUUAGUUUUAUACCUGAAGAAAGACCAAAAGCUUAUGAAAUAUAUAAAUCAUUAAAAAAAAUUAAAGUAGUAGAAUAA